GCUCCAUCUGUUUCCGGUUUAAAAACAUGUUUUGAAGAAAAAUCUGGGUCCAAACCUUUUUUCACAUCGAAUGCCAUUACAAUGUUACCCUUAUCACUUCUAAGAACUGCUGUCAACCACCCGAUGCUGGUUGAGUUGAAGAAUGGCGAAACGUACAAUGGACAUCUUGUUAGCUGUGAUAACUGGAUGAACAUAAACUUGAGGGAGGUUAUCUGCACAUCUCGGGAUGGUGACAGAUUCUGGAGGAUGCCAGAGUGCUACAUUCGAGGAAGUACAAUCAAGUACCUCAGAAUCCCUGAUGAGGUCAUCGACAUGGUGAAGGAAGAGGUCAUCCAGAAGAACAAAGGUCGUGGCGACAUGCGAGGGAGGGGAGGACAGCGUGGGAGAGGGAGAGGUGCAUUCUCAGCUGGAGGCCGAGGAGGUCGUGGUGGUGGUGGUGGAGGUCGAGGAGGUGGUGGUGGAGGUCAGCAGAAGCCAGGGAAAGGCCGCGGCAACUGAGACACCAAGGCUGAGAAAGGAUGUUUCCCACCUUCAAUCAUAACACAGGAUAUUUGCCAGUCAGUUAUCUCCCUUUAGUAAGCUGUGAAUUUGACACUUGAGGAGCAGGUUGAAUGUGGAGGUGAUGGAGUGGCAUUAAACAGAACACAAAAGUGUUUGGAUUGACAUGGUGUUCCAUGUUUGUUAGUUUAGUAAUCAAUGGCUGAGAUGACAGCCACACUGACAUGUGAAAACCUUAUUGGAAAGAUCAGAUUAUUUUCUUAAUUUGUCAAUAUGAACAGUUGUUCUUGCAUUAAGUAUACUUUUGGAGUUUCAUUUGUAAGCAUGUACUGGCUAGCUCCAUCCUCAAGGGAAUUACCAACUGUCAGUGUACAAGGCGUUAGCCUCGAGACGUGGACUACCAUGUUGUAGUGUCAGAUGCAUGGCAAAUGAAGAAUAUCAUGUGAAAAUUAAACAUUUCUUGUCUGAUUAAGUUGGUGAAUUUUUCGUUAGUUUAUUUCAUUGUUGUAUGUGAAUUGUUUUCCACUGCCACAAUUUGGGCAGAACAAAAGCUGUAACAGAAUUGGCUAACCUUCAAACUACCUUCUGAUAUUUGGUUAGAUACAGAUUGAAGGAAUUAUGGUAGUUGCCAUGGUUACACAGUUUAGUGCUAUUGUGUUUCACAUUGUAACAGAUAUCUCUGUACUUAUUUCAGGAAACUAAGUUUGUCUGUUUAUUGACUCUUGCUUGAUUUUAAUGUGAUGCUGCAAUGUUUUUCAUUCAAUCUCUUAAGACAUUCAUUUUGACAUUUUCCACAUUGUGUAUGAUGGAUGCAUUUCUUCAUCGAUUUUCAUGGUCCUCGUACUGAUGUCAAUGUAUGGCUGUUUCUCUAUCCUGGUUAGAUACAGGUAAGAAACUGAAGGUGCCUGUAUUGUUCAUCUCUGUGUUACAACUGUCUUUACAUUUGUUUGUAACUUUAACAAAUAAAUAUCAUUUUCCACCA